AUGCGCAACCUUCGCCAUGUCCGCUUUGGGCGCUGGAGUCAUCCCCAUGUCACGUCUGCCUGCUGGGACCCCGAGAAGGAUGAAGUUGUUUGCACGAUUGGGCCGACAGCGGACACCUCGACUAUUGAGCUGGUAAGGGUUUCGGAGAAUGAUAUCACGUCAUACAAGUCAGUAGCAACCUGGGAUGCUCCCAGUCCAAGUCCAGACUUACCGGUAGACAAAAUUGUCAACAUUCAGUAUCUCAGCGGCUCAGGAACGACAUGUCUAGUCCUCGAGGGCGGAGACAUCAUUACUGUCCAGGAUGACCAAUUCUCACGCAAUGGCGCUCACAUAGAAAUUAUGGGCUCCAUUGACGCCGGUAUUUCUGCUGCCCGAUGGUCUCCUGAUGAGGAACUUUUGCUGGUGACCACCAAGGCGAACACGGCCAUUUUCAUGGGUUCCUCCUUCGAUCCCGUGACCGAAGUCGCCAUGACGCCUGAUGAUCUCAAAGCCUCCAAACAUGUCUCUGUUGGUUGGGGUAAGAAAGAGACCCAGUUCCAGGGUCGAGGGGCUAAAGCGCUGCGUGACCCUACUAUUCCCGAAAAAGUUGAUCAAGGACGGCCCAGCGCUCACGAAGAUGGUUCGACAACGAUCAGCUGGAGAGGCGACGGUGCCUACGUAGCUAUAAACUCGGUCCAGGACUGCAGUAGACGACUUGUCCGCGUCUACUCUCGAGAAGGUGAUCUGGACAGCGCCAGCGAGCCUGUUGAUGGACUGGAAAGUGCACUUAGCUGGACACCAUCUGGCAACCUGAUGGCAGGCAUCCAGCGACUGGCUGAGCGGAUCGACGUCAUUUUCUUUGAACGUAAUGGCCUCCGACAUGGCCAAUUUACUCUUCGAUCUCCUGGGAGCUCUGUUUUGUCUCACGAAAAGAUUCGCUUGGAGUGGAACUCGGACUCAACUGUUCUAGCUGUCGUACUGAAGGAUACCAUUCAACUUUGGACCAUGGGCAACUAUCACUGGUAUUUGAAGCAAGAGAUACCCAUUCGCGCAGAUUUUUCAUUCCUGUCGUGGCAUCCCGAGAAGGCCUUGAGAUUCGCCUCGGCUUCGUCCUCUGAGACUGCCAUCUUCGAGGAAAUUUUCCAUACAGCUAGGGGCCUAUGCUCGUCACCACAUGACAAUGGCGCCGUGGCAGUCAUCGACGGCGAGACUGUCAAGCUCACACCCUUCCGAACCGCCAACGUACCGCCGCCCAUGUCUCUGUUUGAUAUCACUGCCGAGUCGUCCGUAGUCGACGUUGCUUUCGGGCCCCGGGACAUGUCAUUCGCUGUCCUGCACCGAAAGGGCGUCGAAAUCUACGACUGGCCUAUGAAGAAUGGACGUUUGGCCAAGCCCAGUCCGAGGCACAAAUUGUCAUUCCCGUCCCCCAGUGACGGAGUGGAACCUCUACGCAUCUGCAGCACAUCAGAGAGCCAUUUCCGAUGCCUUGUAUCAUCACAAGACUCAGACCUGGCGCAUCUUUCCGUCAACGCCCAUGCUGGCACGGUUGGCAUUGUCGACAGCCAGGAAGCCUUGGUGUCCACGUCAACCUAUGAAGAUGCGACGUCUGUGGAGGGCUACGGCCAAGAUAUUUCAGGAAACUUGUACAAACUCACUGACACGUCGACCGACCAAAUCCCUAUCCGAUUUCCUACUCAUCUGCCCUGGUUCGAAUUGGUCAAAUUUGACGGAGACCUAACCGCCUUUGGGCUGUCAAGAAACGGCCACCUGUAUGCAAAUUCGAGACUUCUAGCCAAGAACUGUACUUCAUUUGUCCUCACAAGCAGUCAUCUUAUCUUUACUACGAGCAACCACUUUGUCAAAUAUGUGCAUUUGGUGCCAGUUGUCGAGGAGCUCGAGGUACCCGGCGAUGAUCCCGAGACGGAUGAACGAUGUCGCAGUGUCGAGAGAGGGUCGCGCCUCGUUGCUGCGAUCCCUACCAACAUGAGCAUCGUGCUGCAGAUGCCCCGAGGCAACGUGGAGACGAUCUUCCCGCGAGCCAUGGUAGUUGCUGGUAUUCGAAGCUUGAUUGAAGAAAAGAAUUACUCACGGGCGUUCGAGUACUGCCGCACACAACGAGUUGAUGUGAAUAUUUUGUGUGACCACCAGCCGACGCAGUUCCUGUCCAAUGUCGGCUUGUUCUUGGACCAGCUGAAGAACGCGACAUAUGUUGAUCUCUUUCUCUCAUCAUUAAGGGAGGAGGAUGUCACCGAGACUAUGUAUAAGGAUACCAAGAGAUCACGAACCCAAGUCGGCAUGGAAGAUGAAUCAGUACCAAACAAACCCUCGUCCAAGGUCAAUGCCGUCUGUGACGCCAUUCUCAAGGCGCUCCAUGCUCGCAAAGCUACCAAUGUCCAGAACAUUAUCACCGCACACGUCUGCAAGUCCCCGCCGGCCCUAGACGACGGCCUGAUGCUCGUCGCCGAGCUCAUGCGAGAAGACGAAAAGGUGGCCGAGAAGGCAGUCGAACACAUCUGCUUUCUCGUCGACGUGAACCGCGUCUACGAAAAUGCCCUAGGCCUUUACAAUCUCGACCUUGCUCUCCUUGUAGCACAGCAAUCCCAGCGUGACCCCCGAGAGUACCUCCCGUUCAUACAAAAUCUUCACACUCUCCCCGAGUUGCGGCGCAAGUUCGAAAUCGACAACCACUUAGCCCGGCGAUCAAAGGCCCUCUCUCACCUCCACGCCCUGGACACCUUUGACGAGUUCUGCACCUACACUACCAAACACUCCCUCUACCAGCACGCCCUGCAAAUCUACCGCUACGAACCGGCUCGUCUCCAACCCCUUACCAACCUCUACGCCGCCCAUCUCGAAUCCAAAUCAUCCUACCGCGAGGCCGGUCUGGCCUACGAAUCCCUCAGAAACUACGCCAAGGCAACCAGUUGCUACCGCGCUUCAGGCGCCAGCUGCUGGCAAGAGUGCCUCUACACGGCAACGCAGCAGUCACCCCCCCUAUCAGCCGAGGCAAUGACCGACCUCGCAGCCAGUCUCGCCGACGUGCUCUGGGAAGCCAGGGACUACGCCGCAGCAGCAACGAUCCACCUCGAGUACCUCGCCUCCCCCGAGACUGCCAUCAAGUGUCUCUGCAAGGGCCACCACUUCGCCGAAGCCAUGCGCCUCGCCGCCCAGACGUCCCGCCCCGAACUCCUCGGGUCCGCCGUCGACGUGGGUCUCGCCGAAGCACUCGGCAGCACGACCGAGUUCCUCGCCGACUGCAAGGGCCAGCUCCUCGCGCAAGUGCCUCGGAUCGCGGAACUGCGUCGCAAGGCCAUCGAGGACCCGCUGUCCUUUUACGAGGGCGAGAGACCGGGCGGCACGGACAUCCCCGACGACGUCUCCGUAGCAGCCAGCUCGCGCAUAUCCACCGGCGCAUCUCUGUUCACGCGGUACACCGGCAAGGCGGGCAGCGUGGGCACCGUAGGAACAGGCGUUUCGCGCGCAACCAGCAAGAAUCGCAGGCGCGAGGAGAAGAAACGCGCCAGGGGGCGGAAAGGAACCGUCUACGAGGAGGAGUAUCUGGUGAACAGCGUCCGGCGGCUCGUCGAGCGCGUGAGCGGGACGAAACCAGAGGUGGAGAGGCUCGUGUUCGCCCUGGUAAGAAGGGGCAUGGCCGAGCGGGCGAGGGCAGCCGAGUCCUUGAUGAAUGAAGUCGUGGGGGCGUGCCACGCAGCUAUUCCAGACGUGUUUGCCGCACCCCCCAAUAAUGACGACCAGCAACGGCAAGCAGAGGACGCGGGAGAACUUGCAUGGAGGGCCAGGGGAGGCGAUGCCGUCUUGCAGGAGUGGAUGGAGGGACGGGCCAAGAAGCAGGAUGCGCCUGUCAUUACGGGCCUACAAAAGUUGACCCUGUUGGGUUAA